AUGAGGAUACGAACCCUUGGUGCAAUUAUCACAGCUGGUACAGCCUGUGUUUUUGCUUCAACUGAGAAAUCAGCGCUAAUAGAUUUUGAAGGGUUACACACGCGGGGCAUAACAGAAGUCCCACUUCAUCGUCUCAGCCACCAUGAAAAUGAAAGUGAAAGACUGACAAUUGGUGAUCAAAUGGAUAUGUUGAAGGAAUUUCUUGAGGACAAAACUGGGAAGAAAUUGGUCUCUGAUGGCAAUCCUAUGAUAGUCUCGGACUUGUCACAACUCAAUUUCCAUUCUUCAACAUUCAUUCUUGCCGGCCUCAAAGCGCAUGACGGAAUGGCAGCUGAUAAUGGUAGUAUUUGGCUCAUCAAGAAUUCAAGUCAUUGGCAACGGGCGCUAGAAGGAAGUGUUAGUGCUCCAGACAAUGCAGAAUGGUACAUCCAGCCCUUAGAGUUGCCAUCAGGCGACAAGUUCUGCAAUGGUAUGUUCAUGGUUAUGGCAAUGGGUGGCUUCCAAUGGUCCCUUGGAAAGCACGACACCAAGCCUGAUUGUUUGAAUUACUUUGUCCCAGCAUGGAAACUCGACGACAGCGGAAAGUUUACGGGUGCGAUGGUGUAUACGUUUCUACUGGGAAUGAUGACUGAAGCAGUUACAAACUUUCAAACUUGGCUUCGUCCUUUUCUUGGCACAGGACGCCUACGAAAGUUUACAAUGCCUCUGCUAUAUGCGCUACAACAGUGGCUAGGAUAUAUUGCGAUGAUGGUUACAAUGAUGUACAGUGUGGAACUAUUUGGGAGCCUAUUGCUCGGUUUGGUAUUGGGGCGUUUACUGUUUCUACCACGAUCAGUGACCAAGCCGAUUAUCCGAGCAGAUGAAAGUGCGGCAAGCCCGAGAAAUAAUAGCAGCGUUGUCACCCUUUCCGCCAUACCAGAAAGCGAAGAAACCCCAUUGGUCAGGCAAACGGCCCUUCGCCGACGACGGACUUGA